AACCAACCACCCACUCCCCUAAAACCCCACUCCUCCGGCGAGCAAGCUCCGAGCUCCGGCAAGAUGCAGAUCUUCGUGAAGACGCUGACGGGGAAGGCGGUGACGCUCGAGGUCGAGAGCAGCGACACCGUCGCCAACGUGGAGGCCAAGAUCCAGGAGAAGGAAGGGAUCCCUCCGGACCAGCAGCGGCUCAUCUUCGACGGGAAGCAGCUGGAGGACGAGCGCACGCUGGCCGACUACAGCAUCCAGAAGGAGUCGACGCUGCACCUGGUGCUCCGCCUCCGCGGCGGUGGCCAAGGCAAGGGCGGCACCUACCCCACCAACAUCGACCCCAACCUCCUCCAGCUCGCGCUCAAGUACCGCCAGCACAAGAUGAUCUGCCGCAAGUGCUACGCGCGCAACUCCAUCAGGGCCGACAACUGCCGCAAGAAGAAGUGCGGCCACAGCAACGAGCUGAGGAAGAAGAAAAAGAUGGUAGUCAGGAAGGACUGAAACAACAUAAAAAAACAAGCGUCGCUACGAUCAAUCCAAGUGUCGUGCAUCAGUUGAACCAACUAUCUAUCUUAGCAUCUUAUCAGACUUAAGAGUCAAUAUUAGAGUUGUAGGAAUAUAACUUUUGUCCUUGUUUAAAGUUCUUGCUGGAAUUCUUAUCUGAUGCAACAGCAAUGGCAUGCAGCUUGAGAAACUGCUAGCCAAAGCUCCUGCCGGUUGUUGGAAUUUGAU